GAACCAAAUUAAGUGAGAACAUAAUCAGCUGCGAUUAAAUCAAUACUAAGAACAGCGGGUGCACUUAGUGAAUAAACUCGUUUUUUUUUAUAAUAAUUUGUGUUGUCUAAUGGGUGGUAAUGAGACGUCCUCCGUACUAAAAAUGGAAAAAAUCUUGGCGGUGCAAAGUGAUGAAUAUAUAAAACUACAGCGAUGUUAUGUGGAAUUAGAACGCAAGUACAACGAAAAUAUAGCUUCCUCUGGAAACGAAGAAAGUGGACUUACAAGUUUUGUAUCACGACUAUCAUUGACUGUUGCUUCAUUAUUUGGUAAAAAUACUUAUGCUGAUAUAUACAUCCGAUCACAAACGAGAGUAUUUCCUGCACAUAAAAUCGUACUUCACGCUCGCUCUGAAAAGUGGGGAAAUGAUCUAUUGAGCAACAUACAAGAGCUGGACUGGAAUGAUUUACAUGAGGAUGUGGUGCUGUCACUUUUGCGUUGGAUUUACACUGAUCUGAUUGAUUUGCAGCAUGACGGGCUAGCGUUGGAUCUACUAAAAGCCGCACAUCGAUUUGGUUUACCACCUCUUCUAGGAUUAUGUGAGCGGGCACUAGUGGCUUCAGUAGGUGUAAGAUCUUGUAUAAGAUUUUAUUGCGUUGCCGAAGAAGUUGGUGCAUCAACACUGUUAGAAUAUUGCUCCAGCAUAAUAUCAACACACUGGGAUGAGCUUACAACUGAUGAUUUUCAACAUAUGUCCGGACCCUUGUUGUUUGAAAUGCUUAAAACGAAAACAAAACAUCCUCUCCAUGCUGCUGUUAGACUCUUAAGGGAAGAUGUUGUGUCUCUUUGCAUUCAAAAAUAUGGAGACUCCCUGGUAAACACAUUUUCUGAAAAUGGUCUAUUGCCUCUUGAAAUGGCCUUAUCUUCAAAAAAUGACAAAAUUGCGCAGACUCUAGUCGAAAACGGAAUGGCUAACAUAAAUGCUGUUAAUAUGGAGGGAUUUUCGCUGCUGAAAUCUGCUUUAAAAAAUGGUGAUGCUUUUUCUGCAAACUUUCUGUUGGACCAAAACUGCCUUCUAGACCUUCCAUCAAAACAAUCAUCAGAUACUGCAUUGCACAUUAUUUGUAAUUAUGAUCCGGACAAUAUAUCAGAAAUAAUGGAAGUUGUAAAAAAGAUUUUGCAAAGAAAGUUAAACAUAAACAUACAAAACAUAAAAGGAGAAACGCCCUUGCAUAUGGCAAUUGCUAGGCGAAAUUUAGAGAUGGUGAAGCUUUUGCUUAAAGUGCCUAAUAUUGAUAUUAAUUUGCUCACCUAUGACGAAAAGUGUGCUUUAGAACUAAGCUUAUCAAUGGAAGACCACGAGUUUUCAAUAGCAUCAAUACUUCUAAGUAUGGGAGCACGGCCAAAUCGUACAAAGUCAAAGACCGGAGAUAGCUUACUACAAGUGUUUGCGUUGGAUAGACAUCGUGGAGAGAAAUCAGCAGUUUUCCUGGCUGAUUUUGCCGAUUUGGACCACGUAAACUUUCGUGGAUUAACAGCAUUACACAUUGCAGCUUUGAACGACAUGCCAAAUCUAGUUAAGAAAUUGAUUGUUAAUGGUGCUUCCUCUAAUUUAAAUCAUAUUGAUUGCGGCUUAAAAUCAGCAUUACACAUUGCAGUUGAAGCAAAUGCCAUUGAUGCCUUAGAAGCUUUUGUUGAGUUAAAAAACAAAAGCCACGAUAUUGAUUUUAAUUGCCAAGAUAUUAAUGGUGACUCUCCUCUAAGCCUGUGCUUAGCCCUUAAAAGAACGAAUCUAGUAUCAAUUUUUAUCCGAGGCGGCUCAGAUGUUAACGGAAAAAAUAAAAAGAACUUGUCACCUUUACAUCAAUCAAUUAAAAAUGAAGAUAGUGAUAUAUCAUUGUUUUUACUGGAGCAGGGUGCAGACAUUACAGCUUUAACAGACAAUCUGGAUUCUGCGUUGGAUUUAUCGAUUAAGCAUGACCUUUCUGAAGUUGUCGAUGAACUUUGCAGAAGAGGAAUCGCCCUAAGUAUUAAUAAAAAUGGAGAAUCACCAUUAUGGUCUGCUUUGGAAAAAGGAUACGAAGACGUAGCAAAAAUACUUGUGCGACAUGGAAUUGACACAGAUUGUUGGGGCGAAGGACCUGAAGGAUGCAGGCAAACUCUUUUACAUCGCGCAAUUGAUGAAAACAAAGAGUCAGUAGCUAUUUUUUUAAUUCAAAGCCAAUGCGACUUAGACUCUGCACGUCAGCCAGGCCCCAACGGAGAGGGUGGAGAUGAAGCACAAGAUGAGGCAUCUCCGCUGCAUUUGUGUUGUCAUUGGGGCCAAACUAAAGUUGUUCAGACGUUAAUUGAUCAUGGAGCUAAUGUUAAUGUAGUUGACGCUGAAAGCAAAUCCCCACUUCAUGUAGCUAUUGAAAGCCAAUACGAUGAGAUAAUAUCUAUACUUCUUUGUCAUCCUGAUAUAGACUUAAAGUUACGUGAUAAGUCUGGAAACACACCGUUUGCAACUGCAUUGGACUUCCGUAAUCACAACGCUGCUCAACGUAUUUUGGAUCGAUUUCCAACAGCAGCAGAGCAAAUGGACAUCCGCGGUCGAAACUUUUUGCAUCUAGCAAUUUUGAAAAAUGACUUAGAAAGCGUUUUAUUUUUAUUAGCUAUUCAAGUAGAUGUAAAUUCUCGUGUACAUGACGCCAAUCAAUCGACACCAUUACACUUAGCAGCUGCAUCCCAAAAUGAAAUGAUUACCAGAAAUCUGAUUCUAGCAGGCGCCCGAAUGAAUGAAAGGGAUGCUGUUCAAAAAUUGCCUCUGCAUAUUGCUAUCGAACGCGGUAAUCUUCCUGCAGUCUCCGCGUUAAUUCAAAACAAUGCGGACUAUGACGCAACAGAUGCUGACGGCAAUAAUGCUUUGCACAUUGCCGUGCGAUGCGCCCAAUUCUUUAUUGUUCGUGAACUUUUAACCGAAUCGAGAGUUAAUGCAGAAGCAACUAAUUUAAAGGGUAGAAAUCCCAUGCAUGAAUUGUGCCGGGUUGUGGAAGAUAGUACAGCCGGACAUAUUUGUGAAUUAUUUCUUGAGUGUAUGCCGAAGUAUCCAAUUAACAUUCCUGAUAUGGACGGUAAUACACCGCUGUUACUUUCAUUUAUGAGAGGCCAAUCACCACUUUGUAAAAUUCUUGUAAAGGCCGGAGCGUGCCUUGGCACUGAAAAUAAAGAUGGAAUUAAUAUUUUUAACUUUAAGCUGGCCACGGAUCAAUUACUACACAAAUUAUUGGACCAGUUGCCACAGGAAUCACCGUGGUCAGAGUGUGACUACUGCCAGCAGUGUACAAACAGAUUUACAAUUACUAUGAGGAAACAUCAUUGCCGGCAUUGUGGACGGGUCUUGUGCUCUAAAUGUUCGUGUAACGAUGUGCCCAUUUUGAAAUUUGGCAUCAAUAAACCUGUUAGAGUAUGCACCGUUUGCUUUAAUGUACUACAAUGUGGAAAUGGUUCCUUUUCAUAGAUUAUUUCCCUUUCGGAAUAAUUAAUUAUAAUAAUUAAUUAUACGUUAAA